UUACAUUUUAAUGACCGCAAUAUAAUAUAUUAAAGUUAUAUAAAACGUUUGCUAUUCAAUUCUUUCUUUUAUUAAAUAAUAUAAUGGAAUUAGAUUUAUUUAAAUCUUUACCCGCUGAAUUCGCUGUUCGGUACAAACCAAAAGCUGGUACUAAUUACAUUUUCUCGUGGACUAAUGACAAGGAUAAAGAAAAUUGGCGUGCAGAUGGUUACAGGUGGAGGCAAGGGGGUUCAAAGACAAUUAAUGGAAUUAAAAGGAAGUAUUUUAGAAUUCUUGUUGCACAAGACACAGUAAGUGAUGUGUUUGUACGUAGAGCACACUAUCAUGCUGAUUAUGCUAAUUCAGUUCUGAUAUCAUACAUAGGUGAUGAAGCUAAGGCUGUGCAGUUUCCUCAUGGAAAUGCUACUAGAUGUAAUAGAGAUUUUAUCAGGACACAGCCAGGUGUUAUAAACCAAAUUAAGGAAAGUACAGGUUCUGUCCAAAAAGUAUACAAAGACAUAAUAUUAUCAAAUACAGCUGAUAUAAAUAUAACAGCAGUUCCACAUAACAUGGAACAAGUCAGUAAUACUUUAAAAUCAACACGCAAUCAGCAGCGUUUAUCUAGAGAUAGUUUAUACAAUCUUCAUGAAUUAGCGUAUGAUACAAAUUUUAUUCAUAAUAUAAUAACAUUUCCUGAUUUGGUGGUAGUUAUGUACUCAGAUGAAACACUGCAAAUUUUUCAGCAAGUACUGAAAUUGUCUCAACUACCUCAGCAACUAUCAUAUGAUAUAACUUUUUCUUUAGGCGACUUCUAUCUUUCUGUUUUGCUAUUUAGAGAAACUGAGUUUGACCCAAGUCCAAUCAUUCCACUAGCUUUUAUGAUACAUGAGCGAAAAACACUAAUGCCCCAUUCCAUAUUUUGGCAACAUAUGAAAUUAGUAUGCCCAGAACUUGCUUUAAAGAAUGUUUUUAUUGUCACAGAUCAAGAAUGAGCUAUAACAGAGGCCAUCAAAGAAAGUUUUCCAUCAGUUUCACAUUUUCUUUGUUAGAACCAUGUUUUGCAGGACAGUAAGCGAUGGUUACAAUUGCACGGAGUGAAGACAAAAGAUGAAUUAGCA